AUGGCUGAUGAUGGACAUACAACGCUGACGCUUCCGCCCAUGGGCAAGCGCGAACGCGCUGUGGUGCACAAUAUGGCAGGUGCAUAUUCGCUGAAAUCCAAGAGCCAAGGAAAAGGAGACAAACGCUUCCCAAUACUAUUGAAAACAUCGCGCUCAGGAACAAACAUGGAUUAUUCACGCAUUGCACGGCUUUCUCGUACACCAUUCCGUAUUGGUGAACGAGAAUUAGAUGCACACCCUGGCCUUAGUUCUGGUGGAGGCGUAAGAAUGAUGAUGAUGGGCCAAAAGCACAAAGAGGGCACACAUGUCGGAAAAGGAGCGAAACAAAUUAGUGAGGAUAAUAUCGGCCACCGGCUCUUGCGCUCUAUGGGUUGGCUGUCAGGACAGGGUAUUGGGCAGAAUGGUGGGCGCACGGAGCCUGUGCUCGCCACUGUAAAAAUGUCCCGUAGCGGCUUGGCUGCCUACUUGAAUCGAAAGAUGCUCUUGGUACACGAACGAACAGCAAACAUUUCAUAUAAACAUGACUAA